AUGUCCGUGCCGUCGGUUACGCUGAACGAUGGCCACAAAAUGCCGCUUCUUGGCCUUGGAACUUGGCAAAGUGAGCCUGGAGAGGUUGGUUAGAUGUAUUUUAUUUCUUAAAGCGUUCUUUUUUAAUUUUUUUCUCGAUUUUUUAUGAACAGAAAUGUUUUUUUCGUCGGGAACUUUUUUAGGAUAUUUUCUGCUCCUUUAAACAUUGCAGCUAUUGACCUAUUGACACGACACAGCUUCGUAUUGAAAACAGGAAAAUCGAUUUUUAACGUUAUCUGAAGGCGUUAAAGUUUACAGGGAAAUAUCGCGAGUGAGUAUUUUUUGAGAAAAAAUUUCAAAAAGCUCUUUUACGCAACAAAUCAAAAACUUUUUGAAGUUUUUUUAGAACCGAAAGAAAAGCUAGUUUUAGUGGCAAUCAUGGGAAUCUGUGCAGAGUUUUUAUAGGAGCUUUUAAGAUAGUUAAGACAUUUUUGCGCAACUUUUAUGAGCGUGAAAAAACGAAGAUCUACCCAAUUCAUCAAAAAUUGUUCAAUUUUUCACUUUUUGAACCCUCUGAUUUUCACAUUCAGGUGGGUAAGGCUGUAAAAACUGCGCUGGAAUUGGGCUAUCGGCAUAUCGAUUGCGCCUACGCCUACUUGAAUCAAAAAGAAAUUGGUGAUGUUUUGCAAAAAGUCUUUGCUGAAGGAAAGAUCAAGGUAUAAAACUAGCAAAGUUUCAAAAUACGAUGAUUAAUUUAAUAAAGAGAGAAGACGUCUUCAUCACCUCCAAAGUUUGGAACACGUUCCAUUCCUAUGAGAAGGCCAAGGUUUUUCGGAAUGCCAAAAAUAGAUAACUUUUGAAAAAUAGGAAAACAUCGCCACAAUUCUCUCAGAGCUGCAGUUGGACUACAUAGAUUUGAUUUUGAUCCACUGGCCUAUGGGCUACGCGGAAGGCGCUGAAAUAUUCCCUAAGGUGAUAAAAUUUAAACUGCUAAAAAAUAAUAAAUGUUUAGACUGAGGAUGGCAAGAAAAUGCGCUACUCCGACGUCGAUUAUUUGGAGACGUGGAAGGCGGCCGAGGAAGCCAAAAAAUCAGGAAAGGUUGGUGGAGUCACUUGAUUUUCUAAGGUUUUUAAAGGAGUAUGGGCGAAAUUUUUAAAGGUUCCAUGGCGAAAAUUUUUCCAGUUAUCACUGAAAUUCCGAUGAAAUUUCGGAAACCCUAUAGAGACUUUCUGAACAGUUUGAAAGCUGGAAUAUAAAAAUAAGAUAGAAAAAUAGCCAAAAAGUCGAGAAAAUUCAGGAUUAUUUAAAGAGCAUAGACGAGUUUCGUAAAGGUCUAACGGAGAAAAUUUUUCUGUUUUUCGACGAUUUUGAAAAAAAUUUCAAGUCUCUAGAAGGAAUUUCAGAACGGAUUGAAGGUUGACAACUCAAAAAAAAUAUUUAGGUCCGAUCCAUCGGAAUUUCCAACUUCAAUCAUCUUCAAAUCGACCGCCUUUUGGAUAACUCCACUAUCAAGCCAAGUGUGUUGCAGGUAUAAUCCAUCUUGGGCAUUUUUUGAAAGUUGAAAAAAACUAUUUAGAUCGAACUGAGUCCCUAUCUGACCCAGAAAAAGAUUCGCGAUUAUUGCGAUUCGAAGAACAUCUUCAUCACUGCUUACAGGUUUGCUUUUCUAUAUGAAAAACUUCCUGAAGUAAAUAUUGGCAAAAAAAAAAUAGCUUGAAAUUUUCGAUUUUUCAUUUUAUUGGAGCUUCCUCAUAGGAAAAGUCAGAAAGAGUGGGAAAAGGCUCCAUAGAAAUGUUCCUUUUAGGUUGACAAAGGCUCCUUUUUUGUUGCCCUUUUGCGACAUUUCACCUUUUCCCACCAUUUCUUUAGCCUUUAGUUCCAGAAAAAAAUAGCUCGAUAAAGAGACCCUUUUUGCUGCUUUUGGCCGACUCUGCCCGAGUUUUCCUUUGAUUGAUGCUAGGAAAAAUGAAUAAUUGAAUGUUUUUCAGUCCAUUCGGCAACCCGGGAUCUUCGAUGUUCCGCAAGUCCGGCGAUCCUUGCGUUCUCAAUGACGAAACGAUCAAGAAAAUCGCUGAAAAGCAUGGAAAGGUAAAUUUAAUUUUCAGUUUGUUAACGACUGUCUGAAGGGGAAUUCUUGAAGGAAAAUUAGAAACCAAGGGGUUUUUUUUGAAUCUCAGUUUUUUUUUUUGAAUUUCUGCCGUAAAGUCUCAAUUUCCAAGGCUCCAUAAGUCUAAGUUCGAAUCCUUGAAACUAGAGAGCACUGGCAAACAAGAGGGCGGUUAGAGAAAACAAGCCCGCCCUCUCAUUUUCGAGCGAUCUCUAACUUUCGAAGAUAAGAUUUUAGACUCGCCUUCAUGAUGCAUCUAACACGGAGCUUUAAAAAAUUAUAAAGGUACCAAAAAAAAAGUUGAAAAUUUUCGAGACCAGAAAAAAGACUAUGAACUCAACCUGAGACACUGAUUUUCUACACUUUGAGAGUCCCUAAGUUUUUUCACAAGCUUCGAGGGUAGCUUUUGAGACCAGAUUUGGAGUCAGCGUAAAAAACUACGUCUAGUGAACUAGAUCUCAUUCAGAAGUCCCACUGUGCGCUCAGAACUUUCCUUAGUAGGAUUAAGUCUGGAAAAUCUGUGAAAAUUUUGAUAGGCCACUUUAGGGUUUUGGUCUUUUAAUGGCUCUAUAGUAGUCGUAUUAGUGGUAACUCAAGUGGCUAAAAAUUAGUGGCCUCUUCAGGAGUCUCGGUGUUACUACUAGAUCGCUGAAAACUAUUGCAGUACUGAGUGUAAGACGCAAGAUCGUGGCUUCUAUAGAGCUGUUUCGAGUGGCCACUUUAGAGUCCUCUCUAAGUGACCUUGAGGAAUCUCUUGAGGGGCCACUACAGUUUUUUUUAACUGUUAGUUGUUAAAAAAUGAAAUUGAGUUUCUGUUCAAUACUUAGGGUCCGCAAGCCAUUUCUUCAGAACGAUUCAAAAAAAUAUGUUUUUUUACAUUGUUCGAUAGAGGAGACUGUCCAUUUUCAUAAUCCGUUUAGUUUUUUAAAAAAAGGUCCACUAAGAAAAAAGUUAUGGCCAAAAAACGAGCGCGCGCGGCGUACAACUGGAGGCAAAAUCUCACGGUUUACCCGCUGCCGCACGCUUUCUUUUAAAAUGUUUUUGCGCAUUUCUGAACCGUUUUCGAAUCGGUUUUCUGUUCUGAGAGGUUGUCCGAACUGAGCUUAACGUUUUGGCAUAAAUCUUUUUGUACAAUCCUCAUAAGAAUUUUUUUGAUAAAAUAUCAAAAAAACUACUUAGAAAAAAAGGUCAGAAGGAAUUUUUCAGCUUAUUUUUUUCUUUUUUUCUAAUCAGAAAAAAAUUAUUAUCAUUCGAUUUGAAAAAGAAAAAAAUGAAAAAAAUAAUGUUAUUUCGAAAUAAAACAGGAAAAUGUGUAAUUUGACUCCAAAAAACGGCUCCUGCAACAUUUAAAAAGGGCGCAUCGGUGUGUUUGACGCAUACACAGCUACGAAUGCUUGCACGAAUUCUUCCAAAAUUUCAAAAAAAAUUGCCAUUUUUUCGAGGUUUUCAAAGCCGUUAUUUUUUUCGCGUCGUUUGAUUUUUUUCAUAAUUUUUUCAUUGAUGGAGUUUUUGAACGCUUAAUAACAUAAUCAAAAAAAAUAUAGACGCGAUCCUAUUCUCUCAUGCGUCAACGAGGCAGACGAAAAAAAGGAGGUUUUGGUAAAAUUCAAAUAUAAUUUAAUUCGCUGUCCCAAUAAUUAUUUUUCAUUCUAAAUUUUCAUUUUUUUGAACACAUUGUGAGUUUUUUUAAUCAAAUAAAAAGUAUACCUUGUCGCUGAAAUUUUUUUCGCAUUUCAGCUUCAAAGUUUGGUGUCACUUUACAAGCUUCGAUUUUUUUCGCGUCGUUAGAUUUUUUAAAUUUCCACUCAAAAAAAUAAAGAAAGUGUUAAUAAGUAACAUACUCAAAAUUUGGAAGCGAUCCUCACUUGGUUUUUCUGAAACGCGACGAUUUUUGUGAAAACUUGUCAGUUUUUUUCGUGUUAAAUCUUACUUUUUUUCGCUUAUUUUUUUGAAAAAAACAUAGUUUUUUUAAAAUAUUCAGUCUUGUAGAGCGUUGUCGAUUACAUAGAUUAACAGAAACAGUUCAUUUUUAAAGUGGGACUUUAGCUAGUAUAAACGCCUCAAAACCGUUUUUGCAACAAAAAAAUCGUCAUUUUGGUGGCGGGAAGGGGCGGGGCUUUGCGCCCCCUAUCAAUACUCUUCAAAAUUUCAGACGAAUGCUCAAAUCGUCCUCCGCUGGAUCACCCAGCACAACAUCAUCGCCAUUCCAAAGUCCACGUCUGCUGGUUUCUUAAAACUAUAAUACCUUUAAAAAAAAUGAUUAAUUUUCAGAGAGACUUUCUCAAAACUUUAACGUAUUCGACGUCGAGCUCUCCAACGAGGAGAUGAACGCCAUCGACGGCCUCAACAAAAAUUGGCGUCUCGUAGACAUCAAGGAACGAGAUGGCGACCAUCCGCAUUUCCCAUUCAACGAAGAAUAUUGA